CCAGGCUCUUAUUUAGUCGUGUCUUUGAGUUGCCAAAAUAUCAAAAGUUUGAGAAAAAAAUGAGUCGUCUUGAAGCUGAAGGAAGAGCCCCAAGUUGCUGGUGGCGCUUUGGCUUUUGGUUAACCAUCUUAGCUGGACUUAUCAUUCUCAUAGUUUGGAUAAAUCUACGUCCAACGGGUUCAGACAUUCCAAAAUGCUCAGUCGAAUACUUUUACGUUCCAGCCCUCAACAAAACCCUAAACUCACGACUCAACACCACUCUCAACUUCAUGGUUCGUCUAGCUAAUCCAAACAGUGAACAAGGAAUCUACUAUGACGACGUCCACCUUUCCUUCUCCAGCGUCACCUAUGUAUUCAUCGCUAACUACACGGUGCCAAGAUUCUACCAGGGACGCAAGAAGAAAGCCAAGAAGUGGGGUCAGGUUGUGCCUCUGAACAACCAGACAGUUUUAGAAGCGGUUUUGCCUAAUGGAUUGGCGAGUUUUCGGAUAAACCUGAAGACACAAGUGAGGUACAAGAACUCGUUUUGGAAAACUAGGAGGUUUGGGGUCGACGUUGGUGCUGAAGUUGGAGUCAACGGGGAUGGAGUUAAAGCUAAUAAGAAAGGGAUUAGGUUGAAGAAAUCUGACUCUUCUUCAUCUUCUUCAUUAAGAAGCUAUUUUCCUGUUUGUGUUUUGACGAAUCUGCUUGCUUUCUUUGCUAUUUGUUGAACUGUUUGGUGCUUUUGAUUUUCAUUUGCUUCUUUGUUGUUGUUGGUUUUAUUUACUCUUUUUUUUUGGGUCAAAUUUGGUUUUAUUUACUCUUUCAUUAGAAUUGCUUUGAGUUUUUUUUCCUUGAACUUUUAUUGUUUCUUUUUUGUAUUCUUCCGUCUUUUUCUUUGUAGCUUCUCAAGUCGACCAAGUACUUCAUUGAAUAAUUGAUCCUAUUAUUGUUUUGUUUUGCGCGGGAUGUGAUUAUUAGUUUCGUUAUUUUUAAGAAAAAGAUAUUAAAUCUGUUUAAUCUGGAUAUUCGUUCGGUUUUAAGUUUUGUUUUUGGUUUUUAAUCUUUUAAAA